AUGUACACCUCCGGCCUAACCAACACCCCCAUCACCAAAAAUCUCCUAAUCUACACAAUUGCCUCAUCAAUCCUCCUCUCCAUCCUCGACUCCAAGCAUCUCGUGUCGAUCUACGUCUCGCCGCAUCUCUGGCAGUACGGACAGUUCUGGCGCGCGUGGAUAUGGCAGGUUGCUGGGUUUGCGAACUCGACGGAGGCGCUUUUUGCGGCGGUUUUGGUUUAUCAUCUCAGGGUCAUUGAGAGGGGGUGGGGGAGGAAGAAGUUAUUGUCGUUUAUUCUCUCAACACUACCGUAUACAACCCUCCUCCCGCCGCUCCUCCUGGCACUCGUUAUCCGUCCCCUAUCCUUCAACACGAUCAAUUACCUCCCCUCCGGCCCCGUGACAACCCUCUUCGCCCUCCUCGCCCAAUACCACGCGCUAAUCCCACACACCUACCGCUACCGCAUCGGCACAUCCACCUCCUCCACAGAACCAACAAGCAAAGGAAUAACCCUCCUCCUCUCCAACAAAAGCACAACAUACCUCCUCGCCUUACAACUCGCGCUCUCGCAAUUUCCGUAUAUGCUCCUUCCGUCUGUGACGGGGUGGUUUGUGGGGUUGGCGUGGCGCGCGGAGGUGUUGCCUGGUGUUGGGGUGAAUUGGAGGGUUCCGGCUUGGGUUGUUGGGGAGAAGGAGAGGGUUAGUAGAGGGGAGGAGGGGAGGUUUGAGGAUUUGAGGAGGAGGUUGGAGGGGGAGGUUGUUGCUGCUGGUGGGGCUGCUUCGGGGGUUUCGGAUGGGAGUGGAAGUGGGGAUAAUAGUGAGCAGAGACAGAGGCAGAGGGGUGCAUAA